UGCCACUCCACGCAAGCUACGAGCAGCACUACUAUGCGAUUCCUAAGAUCGCUAGCCAUCGUCCUCGUGGCCUUGGCUGCUGUUGCCAAUCCUACUGUGACUGUCGCACAAGACCUGCCAACGUAUGCAAACUUUGUUGUAGCUGGGGCAAGCGGCAUGUCUGCCUGGGUAUUCAUCCACCCUGCCGACUUGAUCAAGACUCGGAUGCAGCUGCUGGGGGACAGCAAGAAGGGUGCCACUGCUGUCUCCGUCGGGAAGGACCUGGUGAAAAACGAGGGCGUGACUGCUCUCUACGCGGGGCUAUCGGCUGCGUUGGCCAGGCAGGCGUCGUACACCACUCUUCGCCUAGGGCUCUACGAUCUACUCAGGAGGCUCGUCCUCGACAGCAGGACAACCGACAUGAACGGCGUGCAGCUGUUGCUUUUGCGUAUUCUUAUCGGCGCCGUCUCGGGAGGCAUGGCAUCCUUUUGCUCCUGUCCGAUAGAGGUCUGCCUUGUCAGGAUGCAGGCGGACGGCAAACUCCCCAAAGAUCAGCAGCGGGGUUACCGCGGCGUGUUUCACGCCCUGUACAGGAUAGCCAGGGACGAGGGAGCCCUGGCGUACUGGCGGGGUGGCGGCACCACUGUUUUGCGUGCGAUGGUGGUUUCGGUGUCGCAGAUCGCGACGUACGACCAGGCGAAGGCAUCGCUAGCCCCGUAUGUCCAGGGCUUCCAACAGCAUCUUGUGGCGGGCGUGAUCUCAGCCCUCACCUUCACCACCAUCUCCAUGCCGUUCGACACCGUCAAGACACGUGUCCAGCAGGAAAAGGCCGGCAAGAAACCGCGGUACACGGGCACCUUCAAUGCGCUUGCCACCAUCGCCAGGACGGAGAGUCUGGGGUCCCUGUGGACAGGAUUCCCGCCCUACCUGCUGGCCAAGGGUACGCUUACGGUCAUCCUCUUCCUCAUCAAGGAGCAGUACACGGAGCUCGCCAAGUGGCUGUGCUCUGGGGGCUUGAAGACAAUGUUCGCUGCAAAGUAGUUUAUCGCCCAUCUCGUUAGCUAAAUAAUUUUAGCCUCCGGGCGCUUGUCUGACUUUACCAGGAGGCACUGUUGAGUGGAAGGGUUGACUUGACUGCUGUCAGGUGGUGGGUGGGUGCAUGGCCCGCUGCUCAAGAUGCCGAUUUGUGUGGAGGGUUUUUUGUGUCGUUGUAUCAAAUGGUGUCGUAGCACUUCGUUACCAUACAUGGGGUUGGAGUGCAAACUGCAAUUGUUGUCAUUUGCUUGGGUGAAAAAUGUGCUACUAUUUGGCUGUUGUUGUCCCUAGUGUGAACUCUGUGCAAUGCUGUAUUGUGCUGUAAACAUGGCGCGUCUCUAUGCAUACCAUACUCCAGUGUGCGUUUUGACGGAGAGCGAGGAGGAAAGAUUCCUCUGUAGUGGUUGGAAUUUAUGUUUUGUAACUCUAGAAAGAGCUACUUUGGAUGACGCCGAGACAGUUACGAUACUAAUGCUGUACAAGUAGACGGGAUCUGAUUGACAUGGAGGAGGUGGCGUUGCAAAUCUCCCAACAAUCAGGCUCUAAAUAGGCAAGAUUUCGACUUGUGCUGUUGUCAACUUUGCGCUUGGUGUCCUGAUGAAGGGGGUGAGGUAUGGAAGGACAUUUCCAAUGGGUGUUCGGGCAGACGUAUUGCAGGCAUUGUUGUAGCACUGUACUUGAGUCCCGCCCGUGAGUAGACACAGCUAGCUGCAACGUAACGCCUGGACUAUGGACCCGCUGAGUGUCGAUUUCCUUGUCGAUGCGGGUGAUGAAUUUUUUUUUCCAUUUUGAAGAACGUUUGUGGCUGAAUCGACUAUUUCUGGGAGUUCAGGUGGGCCCGGCAAAGGUUUUUCCUUCCUGAAGUGAAUGGCCCGAAUGCCGCGUCAUGGUGUGAUGCCGUCGAAGGCCACGUCAGUCAAUGAUGCUAAGGGAAAUCUUGACACGAUUGUAGGCGAUACGGUUCAUGCAGCGAUUGGUACAAGUUGCAAGUUGCAAGACGUUUUCGCUAAUCACGUGCGAUAACGCAGCAUGCGUCGACGCACACGCUGCGAGAGGCCCAGGUGUGGUUCAUGUUUGAACACAUAAUUUUGGAGGACGGCAUUAUGAAAGACGGCAUGUAGUGUUCUCGUUGUGAAGGUUGGAGUCUUACAGGCGGGCCUUGCGGUUGUUGCCAAUAAGAUAUUAAUGGUGUUUUUUUUUGUUUUGGUGGUGAUGAUGUGGUUCCAAUAAGACAGUCGUACAAGUAGGGUCUUUGGUCUCUCCUCCCCAGCUGCACGCUAGCAUGGGGUAGAAGAUGGCCGUAGAUUUAUUCGGCCCACCGAGGUACAUGUAGAGCUAAAGGCUUUGUUGCAGGACUUCCUGUACUAUGCUGGUGAUUGUCAUUUGGAACAGGUGUUUUCCUUUUGUGACGCCUGUGGAUUUUCAUUCUACUUUCUUCUUGGGCAACUACUGUAUAACACUUUCGGUUGUACCAUAUGAACACGUAUCGUAGUACGUUGAGAACAAACAGCAUGCUCGUUGCGUUCACGCUAUUAGUCUAUAGUGUCAGUUGCGUCGACGUUUUGGCUCUUCAAGAGGUAAUUCAAGAGGUGAUUGUCUUGUAAAACCUUAGCAAG